CACCAAACCAAGGCAAGUAUACUAGCAGACAGCCUGAUCGACCGACUGCAACGGUGAUCAUCCACUGGACCGGAUUCCCCCAAUCCCUGUUCCGGCACCCGCCGCCAAUCAAAUCUUGCCGCCACUCCUCACCCCCAUAGACUGGACGCCGGGCCUCCUACUACUCUUCUACCAUAAAGUUUACCGGCAACCACCACCUCGUCGCCAUCCGAUUCCGCGCCCACCUCACCACCGCACCCCACCACUACCUGCCCCCGCCGGCCUCCCCCUCCACGCCUCCCACUCCGAGUCGUCCCACUCCUGCACCGAGAGAGACGCCACCGUUCCGUUUCGCCGCCAGUACACCACUCGGGCACUCGCUACACACCUCGGCAAGAAAAGCGAGCGCAGCCGCGCGAGAGGCGGUCGCGUGUUCCUUGCUUCGUCCUCACGUGCCUUGCCCCUUCCGCUUCCCCCGUAGUAUAUCCGUCCUGUUCCCGCCCCCGGCCCCGAGCAAACCGGCGGCGGCGUCACGGCGUGUCGGUCAGGGGGGCCAGGGGAAGGGAGAGCAGAGGGCGGACGGCGGACGGCGAUGCAGCACGAGCCGUGGCGGGCUGGCGCUGAGCCCGCCGGGAUGGCCCCGACCACCGUCGACGAGGCGUCCAUGGAGCGCAGCAAGAGCUUCGUCAAGGCGCUUCAGGAGCUCAAGAACCUGCGGCCGCAGCUCUACUCGGCCUCGGAGUACUGCGAGAAGUCCUACCUCCACAGCGAACAGAAGCAAAUGGUGCUGGACAACUUGAAGGAUUAUGCUGUCAGGGCCCUGGUCAACGCUGUCGACCAUCUUGGCACAGUGGCCUACAAAUUGACAGACCUAUACGAGCAGCAGGCUUCAGAAAUAUCAACCCUCGAGUUGAAAGUAUCAUGCUUGAACCAGCAAGUCCUUACUUGCCAGACAUACACGGAUAAAGAAGGCGUUAGGCAACAGCAGAUGACAGGGGCUGCCAGAAGACACCAUAAACAUUACAUCGUACCAUAUGCUGGAAAUAAAAGAAUGCAGGCGUUUUCUGAUAUGCAAGCCGAUGCUGAUUUUGACUCAACGCCAAGGCCUUACUCUUCAGCAAGGACCCUUCAGUGGCAUUUGGUUUCCGAGAAGAAUUCCAAAACCAGUAGACCAGAUCAAUCUGAAAUUGCCCAAGGAGACACAAAAACUACUAAGCCUUCAUCAAGUGGUUUCCGCCUUGGCAAGGAAUCAUCUGCGUCUCCCUUGUCCAGGAAUGUGCAGUCCAACAUAACCAGCUUGGAUAUUGUUAAUGUAGGAAUGAAGGAUCAGCCCACGACCAGGCAUUUGUCAUCAUUCAGUUCUUUGGACAACCCUAGAGGGCGCCAAAUCCAGAAGGCACCGCUUCGCACAAAAAGUAUGUUAGCCGCUUUCUUUGUCAAACACAGAUCAGCAAAGAUGAAAAACGUCUCUGUUCGUUGAUCAACUGCAAGCCAAGCCUGUAGUUUGCUCCAGCCAAACCAAUUUGGAAGUGUUAAGGACAUGGAAGAAACUUUGUAUACAUGUUUGUAUAUGGUAUUUGGGUCUUGUAUAUUAGUGCUCUAGAGAUAAAACCUUUUCUGAUACCCUUUCAAUUCGAGUCUUAAUGGCAUCCUGCUGAUGACCUCAAUGUAAUGAUUUAUAUUGAUAUAUACAAUAAUAGUUUUGUACUUCAGAGUCAUCUCACUAGUCAGUGUAUACAGAAUGUAAAAGGAGUACGUUUUUUCCUGCCAGAAAUACGAGGUGGGUGGUCCAUGUAAUUAAUUGAUUAAAGUAUGUGUAUUGCUGGAUUUGGCUCAA